GCGGGUGCUAGGCGGGCGGUGUCAGGCUCUCGGUGGCGGCGGAGGCGGCGGAGGCCAGGGAGGAAGAUGUCGUAAUGAGCGAUCCACAGAUGAGCAUGGCUGCCACCGCUGCCGUCAGUCCUAGUGACUACUUGCAGCCUGCUGCCGCUGCUACCCAGGACUCCCAGCCGUCUCCCUUGGCCCUGCUUGCUGCGACAUGUAGCAAAAUUGGCCCACCAGCUGUUGAAGCUGCAGUGACACCUCCUGCUCCCCCACAGCCCGCCCCACGGAAACUGGUCCCUAUUAAACCAGCCCCUCUCCCGCUCAGUCCCAGCAAGAAUAGCUUUGGCAUCUUGUCAUCUAAAGGAAAUAUACUUCAGAUUCAGGGCUCUCAGCUGAGUGCCUCCUAUCCUGGAGGGCAGUUGGUGUUUGCCAUCCAGAACCCCACUGUGAUCAACAAAGGGAGCCGAUCAAAUGCAAGCAUACAGUACCAAGCAGUCCCACAGAUUCAAGGGAACAGUUCCCAGACCAUCCAGAUGCAGCCCAAUCUCACCAACCAGAUCCAGAUCAUCCCAGGCACCAACCAAGCCAUCAUCGCCCCCUCAUCAUCUGGCCACAAGCCUGUCCCCAUCAAGCCAGCUCCUGUCCAGAAGUCCAACACAACUACCACCCCUGUGCAGAGUGGGGCCAGCGUGGUGAAGCUGACAGGUGGGGGCGGCAACGUAACACUUACCCUGCCGGUCAACAACCUGGUGAACACCAGUGAUGCUGGAGCCCCCGCUCAGCUCCUCACUGAGAGCCCCCCCACCCCAUUGUCUAAGACUAACAAAAAAGCCAGGAAGAAGAGCCUUCCUGUCUCGCAGCCAUCAGUGGCUGUGGCUGAGCAGGUGGAGACAGUGCUGAUUGAGACCACAGCAGACAACAUCAUCCAGGCAGGAAAUAACCUGCUGAUUGUCCAGAGCCCUGGUGGGGGCCAGCCAGCUGUGGUCCAGCAAGUCCAAGUGGUGCCCCCCAAGGCUGAGCAACAGCAGGUGGUGCAGAUCCCCCAGCAGGCACUGCGGGUGGUGCAGGCUGCCUCUGCAACCCUCCCCACCGUUCCCCAGAAGCCCUCCCAGAACUUUCAGAUCCAGACAACGGAGUCUGCGCCAACCCAGGUUUAUAUUCGUACACCUUCUGGUGAGGUACAGACAGUCCUCGUCCAGGACAGCCCCUCAACAACAGCUGCAACCACCUCAACCACCACUUGUAACAGCCCUGCACCCCGAGCUCCCCAACUGAGUGGCACCAGCAAAAAGCAUUCAGCUGCAAUUCUCCGAAAAGAGCGACCCCUGCCAAAGAUUGCACCUGCUGGGAGCAUCAUCAGUCUGAAUGCUGCACAGUUGGCGGCAGCUGCUCAGGCCAUGCAGACCAUCAACAUCAAUGGAGUCCAAGUCCAGGGUGUGCCUGUCACCAUCACCAACACUGGCGGGCAGCAGCAGCUGACAGUGCAGAAUGUUUCUGGAAACAACUUGACCAUCAGUGGGCUGAGCCCCACCCAGAUUCAGCUGCAGAUGGAGCAGGCCCUAGCUGGAGAGGCCCAGCCAGGGGAGAAGAGGCGGCGUAUGGCCUGCACGUGUCCCAACUGCAAGGAUGGGGAGAAGAGGUCUGGGGAGCAGGGCAAGAAGAAGCACGUAUGCCACAUCCCAGACUGCGGAAAGACUUUCCGGAAGACAUCCUUGCUUCGGGCCCAUGUCCGCCUGCACACCGGCGAGCGACCCUUUGUCUGCAACUGGUUCUUUUGUGGGAAGAGGUUCACACGGAGCGAUGAGCUCCAGCGACAUGCUCGAACCCACACAGGGGACAAGCGCUUCGAGUGCGCCCAGUGUCAGAAGCGCUUCAUGAGGAGUGACCACCUCACCAAACAUUACAAGACCCACCUAGUCACGAAGAACUUGUAAGGCCAGCUGAAGCAGGAGGCCCUGAAGAUGGAAUCCCCGUCUAAUUGGCCUGGGUCUGUGGUGGACAGGUGCCCACAACUGCCCUGGGCGGCCCUCACCCCACUCCUGUUCUGUGGCUGUGUCCCCACAGGGAGGGGCUCUCCUCCUUCCAAAGGCCCUUCCCUUCUCAUCAGGAGCUCCUGGCCUGCCCAGGCUACGCACACUGGCCAUGCCCAAUGAGACGUUCUAAACCAGGACGCGUGGGGACCCUUAUUUCCAAAGGAAAAACAUGCAUUUCACUCCGUCGCGGAGCAAAGUGAGCCCCCUAUCCUAACCCAUGCCCUGCCCCAACACUGCCGGAGUCCCAUUGUGCCAUGCCCCCCAAUCCUCUGCCUUCUUGUCCCCCUCAAUUACCUCCCCUGGCCACUAGGGACACCCCAGAGCCCUGUACCCAGCCUCCCACUGGCUCCCACCUCUGCAGAGGGCUGGGAGGCUGCCUCCACUCCACUGCCCAGCCCCUGCCAUGGCUGUCCUCCAGACAUUCCAACUUCCUAUUUGAAAGGUCAGAUGCCGGCGGACUCCUCCCACUCCUUUUUCUAUGGAGAACGUUGCCUUAUUCUUGGACUUCAGAUGAUGAACACUGUGUAUGUGUGUGCUUUAAAGACAUUUUAUUUAAUUGCUCCCUUCUUCCUUUCUUUACUAGCCGCCGCCCCUCACCUGCGUUCAGUUUAGGGUUUCGGGGGCAAUGCUGAGCAUAGGAGUUUUUUUUCUCACUAACAAUUCUUUUCUCAAUGACACAUUUCAACUCAGAUCUGGACUCACAUGGAAACACCUUCCAUUCUGACUCCCUCCCCACCCUUUCAUCUCGUCACCCUACCUGCCUGAGCUCUAUUGUGUACAGUGUAUAUUGUAUAAUAGACGAUUGUGUCUACGACAUGUUUUAAAAAAAAACAUAUUGCUUGUUAUUUUUGAGGCUUUUAAAUUAAACAAAAAUCCAACUUUAUUUUUCGUUGUAACUGCUUGAGGAUGUUUUAUUAAGUGACAGAUUUGUUAUCCUUUAUUAAUGAUGUAUUUUGUUGGUCAGUGCUGGGCUAACAAAAAUUUCUCUCACUAAUAAAUUUAGUUGCCCGCGGCAAAGUCUGCU